GUUCAGGGAUCAUCUGGGCAUCCCCGGCAAAUUGCCGCUGGAAACUUUGUUGCAAAUUGUGGGAAGAUAAUGAGUUCCAUUAGGAAUACUUGACCUUUAAAGUGCUAUAUUGUAUAAUCCCUGUGCAACUCUGCUAUCUUUUUCUCCCCUUUAUUGCACCAUAAUUUGUUCAACUUGCAAAUGAAUCUUAAUUUCCCUCACCUCCUGUAAGUGUAGGACUGGACUGGUUCCUCUUUUCUCGAAAAAACUCUCGUAUAUCUGCCACAGAAAAUGAAAAACUUCUGUGGUGAAAUUAACUCCCGCAUUGCACGCAGUUGUAAGGCUUCAGUGCUUUCUCAGAUUGCAGUGUUGGAACUUGGGAAUCAUCCCUUGGUGGCAGUUAUUGAUUUUUUCUUAUACGUGCUUCAAAUAUCAAAAUUUCUCUAAUAAGGUAUCUUUCAACUAAUUGACUUUCUGUGGUUACUUUCUGCCGGUAUUAUUACUAUUACUCUUGUGGUAAAGUCAAAUUACUGUAAUCGGCUGCCUCGCCGAUUUCAAAGACAGAUGUUAUCGAUUCCCUUCUCGGCCCUGUCGGGCUCAUCGCCAGGUAGACGACACGAUUUUUCCCCAUCCCCCCCUCGCAGAAGCGAUCGUGCCUUCGAUGUACGAGGUCGAGGGCGAGGAGGUGGAAGGUGGCACGGUGCCCCUGCAGGAGCUGCUGAACCCUCACACCCACCUGCUGCUGCUGACGGUGCCGGCCACGUUCGACGUCCAGGCCCUGAGAGGCCUCGCCUUCAGUGCCACCGAGUCCACCGACCUCGGGGGGGACAUGGCCAUCGUGCCCACCCGCUCCGUCUCCGGCCUUCACCUCUGUGGCACGGAUGCCGACAGCGGGGAGCUGGCGGUAGUGCCGGCGCCCCCCUUGAAGGUGUUCCGGAUGCAGCUGGUGUCCGGGAAGCGUCCGCUGCCCGUGCUGGUCGGCACGACGGAGCCGCACGCGUUCCCGGAGAACGUGGCCAGGCGGCACCCGCUUCUGGGUCCCGACUACGAAGGGAUUCUCCGAGGAGUCCAAGGACCCUCCCCGACCAAGAGGCUCAAGAAGAAAAAGAAGAAGAAGAAGGCAAGUGAUGUGCGGUGAUGUGAGUCCUCUCGGGUGAUGUGAGCCCUCUCUCGUGCUGUCGAUCUCGGCUGGUAAAAAUAAACGGCGUGGACCACGGCGACU